UUGUAAAUACUUGUUCAGUACUAUGGUUCAGUGCUUGUUGAUGUUUAUGAUUGAUACUAUUUCACAACAAUCAUUAAAGUCGAUUGAGAGCUGAUUAUUAUUGUAUUUGGAUAGUUUCACGUCUGUUUUUGGGUUUCGCAAUUUGUAAAAAUGGGUAAAGGAUUCAAUAAUUAUAUGUGUAAAAAGUUUUUCCAUCCUGCUUCGAGAGAUAACUUAAAAAGAGUAUGGAUGGCUGAGCAAAAAGCAGAAGCUUAUAAGAAACGUCAAGAAGAGCUUAGACAGCAAUAUGAGAAAGAACAGGAUUUGCAUGAUAAUAAGGCAAUGCUAAGUAAAGAAAGCAAAGACAAACUGAGUAUUAGUUUUAUGUAUGAGCCACCUCCUGGGGCCCGGAAAGAACGUGAUGGUGAAGAGCAGGAACCUGAAUUCAAGUUUGAAUGGCAGCGAAAAUACAAUGCACCUAGAGAAAGUUACUGUAAAGGCGAUCAAGAAAUUAAAGAUCAACCUUUUGGUAUUCAAGUAAGAAAUGUGAGAUGCAUAAAAUGCCACAAAUGGGGCCAUAUUAAUACAGAUAAAGAAUGCCCAAUGUAUAGUAUGUCAAUGAGUGCUGCAAGGUCUUUGGAAGCUGGACCAAUAAUUGAUCAAAAAAUGCUAGUUCAACAAAUGUUGGACGAUGGGUUAGCUUUAAAGAAACAUCAUCUAAGUGAAGCAGAGUCUGCAAAAGAAAUGUAUGUUGUAGAAGACAACUCUGAACAUUCAGAGGUGGCCUUCUUGAAUUCAUUAAAUAAAAAACAAAAAAAGGCAUUACUUAAAAAGUUAGAAAAACUAGAAAAGAAAGCUAAAGAAGAAAAAAAGAAUAGCAAAAAGAGGAAAUAUGAUAGUGAAAAUUCAGAUUCAGAUACUGGAAAAAAUUUGAAGAAACAAAAAAGUACUUUUAAGAACAAUUUCUAUCGUAAAUAAUUGCGUGAAUAUUGUUAUAUUUCAUAAGUUUAGAAGUAAAAAUGAAUGAAGCAGCAGAUGAUUUUUCCAAUAUAGAACAUUUUAAUUCUUGUAAAGUAUAUAAUAUUAAAUAAAGGUUUUGGUUAAAGGUU